UUCCUGACCCAACACACGCAGCAGCUAGCUAGCCAUGGCUUCUUCUGCUGCUCUCCCAACUGUUUCCCCACUGGUCUCGUCGGCGACGGCCCUUAAAAGUAACGCCAUCACGUCUAUCCCUCCCAGACUAGCUCUAUGAAACAGCGUCACGUUUGCAUCAAAACCUAAUGUUUUGCGUCUAAAUCAGUAUGUGAUUAUUAGCGAUAUGAAAUGGUUGAACUACGGUUAAACCAUGAUUUCAACAUAAAAUACUCUAUUGCACCGACCUUUCCGGUACAAACUACGAUUUAUGGGUUUACAAUCCUUGGCUUUAUACUCGGUACAGAGACAAUAGCAACUUGCAUGGCAUUUACUAUUUUAGAUCAUUCUAUUUAUUCCACCCUCAUCAACUGCACUCACAUGCGUCAAAACCACGUACUCUACAUGCAUGCAAACCCGCGAAACCCAAACGUCACAAACUGAUGACUGCUUUCUUUCUCUUUGGACAUAUUUAAACAAACUAAAAAAAGAGUAAGAAUCGUGGCAUGAUGGGUACUAUAAAUACGUGAGCUGUAAACACACUAGUUCAUCACUCCUGCUCUACAUAAUAUACCAAACAAGUAGUGCUUAACGCUUACCCACGCACUGCAGCCAUGGCUUCUUCUGCUCUCCUAGCAGUUUCCCCGCGGCUCACGUCGUUGACAGCCAGCAACACCAGUACCAAACCUGCUGCUGCUAUGAAACGUCGUCCCGUCUCAAUUAAAGCUCCUGCCAGAAUAACUGCUUCACGCAAAUCCUAUGGUAGCAAUCUGGGUGGGAACUAUGGUAGUAUUGGUGUAUUCGGCAAAGCUGAUCAUAUAGCCUUUGCAGCCGGUGGGGACUCUGGUAGCAUAGGCGUGUUCGACAAAGCUGGUCCUAUUGUCUCCUCAACCGAUGGGGACUCUGGUAGCUUUCUUGUCUUUGGCAAAGUUGGUCAUAUAGCCUCCUCAAUGGGUGGGGACUCUGGAAGCAUAGGUGUGUUCGGCAAAGCUGGUCAUAUUCUCUCCUCACCCGAUGGGGAUUCUGGUAGCUUUCUUGUCUUUGGCAAAACUGGUCAUAUAGCCUCCUCAAUGGGUGGGGACUCUGGAAGCAUAGGUGUGUUCGGCAAAGCUGGUCAUAUUCUCUCCUCACCCGAUGGGGACUCUGGUAGCUUUCUUGUCUUUGGCAAAGCUGGUCAUAUAGCAUCCUCAACAGAUGGGGACUUUGGAAGCGUAGGUGUGUUCGGCAAAGCUAGUUAUAUUGUCUCCUCAACCGAUGGGGACUCUGGCAGCUUUCUUGUCUUUGGCAAAGCUGGUCAUAUAGCCUCCUCAACGGGUGGGGACCCUGGAAGCGUAGGUGUGUUCGGCAAAGCUGGUCAUAUUAUCUCCUCAACCGAUGGGGACUCUGGUAGCUUUCUUGUCUUUGGCAAAGCUGGUCAUAUAGCCUCCUCAACGGGUGGGGACCCUGGAAGCGUAGGUGUGUUCGGCAAAGCUGGUCAUAUUAUCUCCUCAACCGAUGGGGACUCUGGCAGCUUUCUUGUCUUUGGCAAAGCUGGUCAUAUAGCAUCCUCAACGGGUGGGGACUCUGGAAGCGUAGGUGUGUUCGGCAAAGCUCGUCAUAUUGUCUCCUCAAUCGAUGGUGAAUCUGGCAGCUUUCUUGUCUUUGGCAAAGCUGGUCGUAUAGCCUCCUCAACGGGUGGGGACUCUGGCUUAGUAAUGAUCCCUGUAUUUGGCAAAGCUGGCCAUACGACCUCCUCAACCGACGAAGACUCUAGCGUGUUCAACCCAUAUGUAUUCGGCAAAGCUGGUCAUGCGACCUCCUCGACCGACGGGGACUCUAGCUUGUACCCAAUUCCCCCGGCCGGCCAAGCUUAGCUUGGCGGAAGUCAUAUAUGAAGCUUUGACAAGAGCGCAUAUAAUGCUGUGUAUGCGGUUGCGUGUGUCCAGUUGCGUUUCUGUUUGCACGGUCGGUCGAAGCUUGUCCUUUAUUUUCCAGUAGCGUACUGUGGUCGCUUUUUGUAUAUGUUGCAUGUGUAAAAUAUGCAUCUGUCUUCCAAGGUCGAGAAUGUUAUCGUUGUAACUUGUAAGGUGUACAUGUGUCAGUGUGGUUUGUAUCGUGUAUCCAAUAAAUAAAACUAAGCUAAUUAAACUUAGUCAAUAACGUUGUUGAGUGUGGUGUCUUCCUCUAUUUGUUUGACGUACGUACAUGAUCUGUUGAUUUUCAAUUUGAAAGUCUCAUGUUCGAUAUUAAGUAGACUUUUCCUCCCCGACUAUGAAGCUCUUUCAGUAGCAUAUCAAACUGUUCUUUAUUAGAAACAACGAGCUCACUGUGAUUAACAAAAAUGUGACAAUUCUGGAUAAAUUUGGAGAAAUCCAAUACCAUAUAUAUAUAGUGAUAGAUUUUGAUAGAUGGUUGUUAGUGUAUUUCUACCAAAACUCUACAGUAUAAUGUAUUCAUAUAAUAUCUUGUGUCAUCAAACUCUACAAACCAUAUACUUUUCGUAAAAAUGUCUUGAUCAACAUUUUUUUUUUUUCUGCUAAAAAAAUGUAUCAAAUUAGAUGUCGUUUCAUAGAGUAUAAGUUAUAACUAAAUAUUAUUUUAGUGUGUAAAAAAUUUUGAGAUUCAAG